AAGCGAUGCUGUAGCAUACAGGCAGCUAGCGGCAUACGGCCGGCAUACGCAUUAAAUUAAAUCGAAAUUACCUCGUUAGCAAUGCAUUGCGUUUGCGCACUCACAGCAAUGCAAACGUCUUUGGUCGUCAUUUGUGCUGAGUCGUCGUCAUAGAUGAAUUAGAGGCUAGCUUGGAAUUCUUAUGGGAUGGAACACGUACAAUUAUUUCCGGCGAAACUACAAUGAGGAAAUCAUCUACCAGAUCACAGAUGCUUUGAUCGCAUCAGGGAUGCAGAAGGUUGGUUACAAAUAUGUGAAUAUUGAUGGUGGCUGGUGGGCAGGAGUCGGUACAGGCAGUGCAAUUCGAAAUGCUUCAGGAUAUUUGGAGUAUGACAAAGCAAAAUUUCCUCAUGGAAUGAAAGCUCUCGCAGACUAUCUGCAUAGCAGAUCACUUAAAUUUGGCAUGUAUACUGAUGCUGGAAAGCACUUUUGCAACAGAGACCAGAAUGCCAGUGAGGGAUAUGAAAGCAAAGACGCUGCGCUAUUUGCUUCAUGGGAUGCAGACUUUGUGAAAGUGGAUGCUUGUGGAACAACAGAAAAACCUGAAAUUCUCAUGUCAAAAUGGAGAAAUGCAUUGAAUGCCACAGGUCGUCCUAUGGUAUUCUCUAAUUGUCUCAAUGGUUGCACAUAUGUACCUGAUGUGUGGCAGCCAUGGUGUGCCAACUACAGCAACUUGUGGCGAACAUGUGAGGAUAUCGAUGCCACAUGGCAAGGCGUUCUUACCAACCUCGACUCACUGGUAGGUAAAGGAAAGUAUGGAGGGCCCAAUCGCUGGAAUAAUCCAGACAUGCUAGAAGUUGGCAAUGGUGAUUUGACAGAUGUAGAGAACAAAGCUCAUUUCAGUCUGUGGUGCGUUACCUCAUCACCACUGAUUGCAGGAAAUGAUCUGAGGAAUAUGUCAAAUGCUACAAAAGCAAUACUGACAAAUAAAGCAGCCAUUGCAAUCAAUCAAGAGUAUGCAGGAAAUUCAGGAGACCUAUUAAUAAGAGAUGGAAACACAGAAGUUUGGUACAAACCAUUGCCAAAUAAAGAGCAUGCUCUCGUGCUAUUUAACAGAGAUGAUGCAGCAAAUGCUAUCAUUACCGUCCCAUUUAGCAAAUUCAAUGUUUCUGAGACAGCAGAAUGCACUGUUGGAGAUGUCUGGACCUCAAGAGUAGACAAAAUGCCAGCAAAGCACAAUGUUACCAAGAAUGUGGGUCCACAUGAUGUCGCAUUUGUACGCCUUGAAUUUUGCCACUGAAGUGGAAGAUGUUAGCAUGUAAACAACUAACUACACCACAGCUACAAGUCAAAUAUCUCUGCAUAUAGAGACGUAUGUGGUACUAGUG